UUUAUAUCAUAUUAUUACUACAUUUUGUAUUCAAUAAAUUAUUUUUAAUUUUAAUUUUAAUUUUUAGAUAACAAUUGUUCAAUGGUAUACAAUCUCAUGAAUAGCCCAUCUACAUCUAAUGAACAAACUGUUCAAAAAGUUGACAAUUGUGUAAUCAUCAAAACUACUGAAAGUAAAUCAUCAAACUCAAAACAACAAAAAAGUCUCCAUAAAGAUGAUCAGUAUGCAAAAUUAUUAAAUUUUAUGGUAACAAUAAAGUACGAAUUAAGAUCAAUGCAGGAAAAAUUAGACAUCAUGAUUCAGCGAGAUGAGGAAAACAACUUAACAAAAACUAAGGAUUUGAGUAUAUAUGACACUGGUGAUAUAGAUAAUAAAUUACCAAUCAAAACUCAGGAACAGUUGGAAGAAUUAGAAAAUGAUUUGUCUAACAAUAAACAUUAUCGGUGUCAGAUGAUUAAACGUUUAUCAUCUGUGGGAGGAAAGUCAAUAAAAAUUAUGGCAAAAAGAAUAAUGGCUAUAUUAUUUAUACCAGAAAUAUUAUGUGAAUUUUCAUAUAGUGGUCGUGGUAACAAAAAAAGACCAUUUGAGAAAUUGCUUGUAAAUAAAAUUAUUUUUGAUUCUGUCCUUACAAUCAAAAAAUUUGCCAAUGCUGAUAACGCAGCUAAUGAAAUUGAACAGGUUAUUAAGUACGUUCUUAUUCAAACUCCAUUUAAAAUUAAAGACAAGGCAGGAAAAUAAUUUUUAAUUUUAUAAUAAUCCUAAAUAUAUUAUUAUGUGUGUUCA